CGAGGCUCUCAGGGCGGAUUGCCAUGAAUUACCCCGGUGAUGGGGCAACAGGAUCCACAGCGCAGAGCUGACGGGGGGAUCGGACCGUGAAGGAGUCCGGCAUGUCCGACGAGAGGAGCGCUGGACUCCGCAGCUCUGAGGCUUCAUCAACGGCGACCCCAGAUGGUGCGGUGAAAAUGGCUCGGGCUCUCUCCAUCCUCGCUUACUUUCUCUCUCUCAUACAAUGCAGCAGCUGUGCUGACUCAGAGGAGCGUCUCAUGAACUGGCUGCUGGGAAAGGACCGCUACAAUCCGCUCAUUCGGCCGGCUGUCAACAGGACGGAGAGAGUCACAGUCAAGCUGCAAGUGUCCUUAGCACAGCUCAUCAGCGUGAAUGAACGAGAGCAGAUCAUGACCACAAAUGUCUGGCUCACUCAGGACUGGGUGGAUUACAGGCUCUCAUGGGACCCGGCGAAAUACGAAGGCAUUGACAAGCUGCGUAUUCCCUCCAGACACGUUUGGCUGCCAGAUAUUGUCCUGUACAACAAUGCUGAUGGUACAUACGAGGUGACCGUCUUCACCAAUGUCAUUGUCCUGUUCAACGGCACCAUCAACUGGCUCCCCCCAGCUAUUUAUAAAAGCGCCUGUAAGAUUGAGGUGAAGCAUUUUCCCUUUGACCAGCAGAACUGCACCCUCAAGUUUCGCUCCUGGACGUACGAUCACACAGAGAUCGAUCUGAUCUUGAAGACCGAGAUGGCCAGUAUGGAUGAUUUCACUCCCAGCGGGGAGUGGGACAUCUUAGCACUGCCAGGCAGACGGACGGUCAACCCUUUGGAUCCCACCUAUGUGGACCUCACGUACGACUUUAUCAUCAAGCGAAAGCCUCUUUUCUACACUAUAAAUCUCAUAAUUCCCUGUGUUUUGAUAACCUCCCUGGCCAUCCUGGUCUUUUACUUGCCCUCAGACUGUGGGGAGAAGAUGACCCUCUGCAUUUCUGUCCUCCUGGCUCUCACCGUCUUCCUGCUUUUAAUCUCCAAAAUUGUUCCCCCCACUUCGCUGGAUGUGCCUCUGAUCGGCAAAUACCUCAUGUUCACCAUGGUGCUGGUGACCUUCUCCAUCAUCACCAGCGUGUGCGUGCUGAACGUGCACCACCGCUCGCCCAGCACCCACACCAUGCCCUCCUGGGUCAAGCUGAUAUUUCUGGUGAAGCUGCCGGCCUUGCUCUUCAUGAGACGCCCUCACAACAACUCCACACGUCAGAGACUGCGGCAACAGAGGUGUCUACGAGCCAGGAGAGCCAUUCUGGGUUUGGGUUACCCAGUUGCGUCGCAGACAGGGAUCAACAUGUCGUCCUCUGCCCUGUUAUGUUCUGACUCUGCCUUCUCCACGCCGGGACACAAAAACGUAGCUCCUCCAAUGGGCUACAGCCACUGCAGUAGGAAAGGGGACACGCGUAGCACUGAUUAUCUUCCCAGUGCUUUCACAUCCUCCCAGGACCUCCACCAGAGGAGCAACUCAGAGUGGGCGGCUGAUGUGCAGGACGCGGUGAACGGGGUGCGCUUUGUGGCCGAGCACAUGAUGGGAGACGACGACGAUCAGAGCGUGAUUGAGGACUGGAAGUACGUGGCCAUGGUGGUGGAUCGCCUCUUCCUGUGGAUCUUUGUGAUAGUGUGUGUGGUGGGCACCCUGGGUCUGUUCCUCCAGCCCCUUUUCCAGAGUCAGAUCGUUCCCAAUCAGCAGCCCAGCUCAGAGACCCCUCGCAUCUGAGCAGCAGUGACGCCCGCCAGGAUUUCGUGAUUGUGCCAUAAAGGCAAAAUGAAGCUGUCAAGAGUGAGCAGGCCAGAGAAAGUUUAGGUAUCAGAAAUUGUGACGAAGAUGUGAAACAGGACAAAAGAAUGAAUACGCCUCUUCACAUUUAAAGCAACAUGGCUUACACUAAUGAGGCGUCUAAUGUUUUAAUUAAGUGGCGCAUUCGCAGAAGAACUAACAAUAAACUGUCUUUCCUUGAGAGUUUUGAGCUGGAUAAUAUACCGAGUAUGACAAUAAUAAUUCUGUCAGAUGUUGUAGAUCUCCCUGUUUGUGUAACUGUGUCUCAGAAGUAUAAUAAAGGAAAAACCUAUGUCUUCUUUCAGAUUGAUUAAAUGCCUGAGACUGUCAGUAAUCUAUUAAAAUUGUCAGGGUUUUUGCCAAAGUGCUUCGUCAACCUGCGUGAGCUGGUGAUAAAGUUCAGAGAUGUGCGAGCGCAGAUGUUUCAAUUGACAAGACAGCUGUUGUCUGAUCAGGAAACAAAAAAGAGGAGGAUGUGAUGCAUUUUAAGUAUUACAAGGGAAAUAUUGCGCCCAUGUUUCAGAUUGUUCAAGAAACACUGAUUUUGUUUGUUUUGUA